AUGCCUCUGAGCAGCCUGGAUGCCGUGAAACGGUCCCUGCGGGUGACUCGGGCAAAGUUUCUCCAAAACGUAAAGGAAUUGCUCAGGCGCAGGAGCAAGGUCGUCCGCAAGUCUCGGAACCAGCUCCGCAAGGCUGAAAAGAAGGUCAAGGAACUGGGCGGCGAGGUUUCUGAAGAGGUGUCAGACUACAGCUCGAUGCUAUGCGACACAUCGUCAGGGAGUGACAGCAGCUCAGGCACAGAGGGAGAGCAGGCUUCCGAGGCACCUCCAAAGGAGAUUGCCGCGCCCAAACGAAAGGGUGAGGAAGGGCCUGCAGCAAAGGCUAAGGUUGCUCCUAAGGUGAAGGCUUCCCCGCAGGGGAAACCUGACCCGAAAGCAAAGCCUGAGCCGAAGGCCAAGUCACGCAGGAGCCGGGCCACCUAUCCCGAGAUCCCACCAGGAGAGCCAGCUCCGAAUCACAUGGGCAAGCCGAACGCUGAAGGCGAGCGCUACCCAGGGUACCCGAGAAAGGACCCUCAACGCUGCGAUGCGUGCGAGCAGCUCCGUCGGACACCGUCCUGGCUGUCCCUGGAAAGCGCGCGGGUGAAUGACGACAACGCCGCAAAGCAUCUAAAAUGCUCGGACUCUCUUGCUAUGCACCACUGGAAGGUUUCGCCGCUGAAGUGA